UCACACUUUUACAGAAGUUAGAUGAGAUAUCUGAGUGUGUUAAAAUCCUGAUGAAUACGGGUCUGGACGUGGUGGUGGACUGGGAUGGGACAAUGGAGGACUCGUGCAAUUACUCUGAUGAAAAAAAAUAAUGAUCAAAAUGAAUACUUUUUUUUUUUAAUUUACCAGAUCCCGGACCGAUGGUCCGAAUGAGACAUGCGCCUGUUUCAUCUUAGGCCAUCCUUUUCAAGUUCCAUCUUCGAGCUUCUAAAUAGGGUCUUUUAAACCGCACGAUAAUGCAGAAAGACUACCAAAGGAAUUCGAAACUUCAUCACAGCCUCGGAGAACCACAGUACUAUAUACGCCAGCUUACCGAUGGCUCGGAAAACAUAAUGUCACAGCACCCUUUGUCCGGACCUCCAGUUGUAUUACUGCCUCAACGUUACGCCUCGUCGACAUCCUCGCUUCAUCAUGUUCCCAGGGGACGUUCGUUGCAUGGGAAGUCGGUCCCUAUGCACCACCGGACGGCUUCGACCCCAAAUCUUUCUACCUCCCCGUAUUGUGAGUCUCAGCAUAAGACGUCAAGAGAAGACGAUCUUGCCACGUCAUUUGGAAUGCUAGAGAUUUCGCGGAGGAGAAAGUCUGAAUACUCCUUUUCGUCUCAGUCGGCUGGUAAAGCUCUCAGUCAUGGUCAUCGUUCUUCACCGACACCGCCCAUCACAUUCUGCGAUUUUGGUUUUAAUCCGCCCGUCUGUGGUUUCAUUCAUGUCCGGGAGACCCCAAGGCAAUUGGGUAAGCCCAAUUGGGACUGUGAGCUCAAGGAGAAAUUUCCUAUGAUUCUGCAGAUAACCCAGAAUAUAAUGGCACUUAUACUGAAUACAGUGUAACCGCGGAUGUGUAGAAAUUCUAGUUCCAUGUUCGUCUCUAGCUAUCGAGGCUUCAUGGCCUAAGUACUACGGGAAUUCCUUGACAUCUGUUCAUUUUUUUGCUAUCUCAAAGUAUCAUUAAAGUCCUUUGCAUAGGCACUCACUGGACAGGAUGUAGACAGG